GCUAGAUCACGUGACUUCACAGGAAGCAGAGCAGUCCGCGUUUCUCCACACACAGUAUAAUGGCAGAAGUUGAUAUUUCAGUGGAUCAGAACCAGUUCAUGUGUCCAGUGUGUCUGGAUCUCCUGCAGGAUCCAGUGACGAUUCCCUGUGGACACAGUUACUGCAUGAGCUGCAUCACAGACUGCUGGAAUGAGGAGGAGCAGAACCGAAUCUACAGCUGUCCUUUAUGCAAACAGAGCUUCACCUCGAGACCUGCUUUAGCUAAGAAUGUGGUGUUUGCUGAAAUGGUGGAGAAACUGCAGAAGACCAGACUCCAGACGGCUGCUCCUGCUUCUGUUCACACUGGAUCUGGAGAUGUGGAGUGCGACGCCUGCACUGGAAAUAAGCAGAAAGCCGUGAAGUCCUGUCAGGAGUGUAGAAACUCUUAUUGUCCAGAUCACCUCCAACAGCAUGAGAAUCUCUUCAGAGGUCGAGGACACAAUCUGAUGGAGGCCACUGGACGACUGCAGGAGAUGAUCUGCCCUCAGCAUAAUAAAGUGAUGGAGAUUUACUGCCGCACCGACCAGCGCUGCAUCUGUAUGCUGUGUUUGGUGGAUGGGCACAAACAUCACGACACUGUGACAGCUGCAGCAGAAAGGAGAGAGAAACAGAGACAUUUGGAGGAGAACCAGAUAUACUUACAAUUAAUAAUCCAGAAGCGAGAGAAAGAUCUUCUUGAUCUGAGAGAGGCUGUUGAGAUUCAUAAGUGCUCAGCACAGUCAGCAGUGGAGGACAGUGAGAGGAUCUUCACUGAACUCAUCCAGGAUAUUGAGAAACGUCGCUCUGAGGUGAAUCAGCUGAUCAGAGAUCAGGAAAGAGCUGCUGUGAGUCGAGCUGAAGAACAACUGGAGCGACUAAAGCUGGAGAUCAAUGAUCUGAAGAGGAGAAACACUGAGCUGAAGCAGCUUUCAGAAACACAGGAUCAUCUUCACUUCCUCCAGAGUUUCCCGUCUGUUUCUCUCUCUGGAUCUUCAGAUUCAGGCUUCACUGUCAGUUCUAAUCUGUGUUAUGAUGAUGUGGUGAAAUCAGUCUCUCAGUUCAGAGACAAACUUCAGCAGUUCUCAUCAGAUCCGAUGGAAGAGAUGUCUAAAGCAGAUGUGUUUGGUUUCCGUCUAGUGAAAACAGUUCAGGUCAUUCAGACUCCUGAAGAUCAGACCAGUCAGGAGUUUCAACAAUAUUCUCAUCCAGUGUUGGAGGGGUCUUCUCAAGGCCCAAGGAGCCCAAAUCCUUUAAACCUUCUUGAGCAAAGGAAGUCCAAAUGCUUGUCUCCCAUCCCUGUAAACUCAUUUAGCUUAGGAACCCCCACCCCUGUAAACUCAUUUAGCUUUGGAACCCCCACCCCUUUAAACCCAUUUAGCUUAGGAACCCCCACCCCUGUAAACUCAUUUAGCUUAGGAACCCCCACCCCUGUAAACUCAUUUAGCUUAGGAACCCCCACCCCUGUAAACUCAUUUAGCUUAGGAACCCCCACCCCUGUAAACUCAUUUAGCUUAGGAACCCCCACCCCUGUAAACUCAUUUAGCUUAGGAACCCCCACCCCUUUAAACCCAUUUAGCUUAGGAACCCCCACCCCUGUAAACCCUUUUAGCUUUGGAACCCCCACCCACCAUAAUUUUGGCAGAGGGAGUCCAAAGCCUCGAUAAACAUUAGUAUCACUUUUACAUUAAAAUGUACAUGUGCAUAUUUACAUAUAAAUUUGCUUGAUUAUGAAAAGCUUUAGAAAUUCCUGUUUUUGUUUGUGAACCUACGUUAUUAAAAUCAUGUGACUGAUUUUUUAUUGGUAUAUUAAUAUUGAAGUUGUUUUGAUAAGCGUUCACUGCAUCAGAAGUGUUUUCUUCUUGGUUUUCUUUGGUUGUUUAUUUUAAAAGGUGCAGUCAGUGACCUGAUUUAAAAUUUAUAGCCAAUUUAAUUUCAUGCCAGCUGUGAUGUAACUAGUUAAUUCUUUCAGUGUGCCUGCCUCAUCAGCCGGCUAACGAUGGUGUCUUUCUCGUUUCUGUGUUUGAACAAUGAAGUAAUCAAUCUGCUGUAUGUUCAGACGUAGAGGCUCAAAGGUGACCUUACACUAAAUACCAGAUGCAGAAGAAGCAACAGCAAACGAUUAGCUUUAAAUAUGAAGAGAAUCUUCUCGUGGGUAAAAACCUGCGUGUGUGUGUGCAAAUAAUUUUGCAUCUCACUGCUUUUAAAAGCUUGGGCAACACAACGCUGGACCACUUUGAUGAUGGACUUUGGCUGAGGGAUUUUAUGACCAGCGCAUACUAGAAUAUCCAUUAUUGCCAUCUCACUGCUACCAUUUUUAUCAUCACAUGAUCUGUUAAAACAAAGUCACAUUACUUUUCUGAUGUGCAAGCUGGAAUUCAUUACAUUUGUACUUAUUGGAUUAAAAUGUUUGUUCUACUGAGUUGUUCACCAUGUUUAUAAGCAUGUUUGUCUACAUUCUCCAUUAAUAAUUGAGGUCAAUGUCAAGCAGUGAUGAAGGAUAACACAAAUAUUACUGCUCUGUGAUGAUUUGAAGUGUUAAUUUGAUCCACACUUGUACGUCACUUUGAAUAAAAGC